UUAUUAAGUAAUUAUUUACAUAAGAUAAAAUCAAUAUCCUGCUUAUUAUUUGCAGUUAAAAAAAGACCAGAAGAAGUGAAAAUGAAGAAAGCGAUUACGAUAUCGUUCCUGAAUACCUCGAACAAGGUUCAGAUCCUAUAUUUUCCUUUAUUUUCAUUUUCAUUCUUAAAAAAUUACAAAAAGGAAUUUCUCUCUUGGAGGAAAAAAUUAAAAUUAUUGGGUCAUCAAAGUUCUGGUAUCCAUGUUACUCCAUCUCCCAGCGAUUCUGGUAUCGUCGACUACGAAACAAUAAUUCGAGACAAAGAAAAUGAAUUAACAAAUGUGAGAACGACAAUGGAACACAAUGAAGAAAUUGUUAUUAGGGUUUAUCAAGAGAAAGAACGAUUGUGGCGAGAAAAAAUGACGGAAUUGAAACAUAAAUUAAAAGCAAGCCAACAGGGUGAAAAUGCUCUUCGACAGCAGAUUCAGCGAUGUAAUGAACAGCGCGAUCAAUUUCAGACAACUAUACAGAACUUGAUGAGUGACAAACAAGGUCUGCAAAGAAAGGUAUAA